CUCUCACAUUGAACUGACAAAUUUUGCUGUCCCAUUCAACGCAACGGGAAGAAAAUGCUUAAUUUACAUUUUUGGCUAAUACCAGCGCUUCUUUUUGUACUGCCGCAACUGACAACAGCUGAUGAGGCUGCCUGUAAUUAUUUGGAACGUCAUGAAAUCGAACGCCGCCUAUCAACCAAGACGCCAUACCGCGCCAUUGCCAAUUACAACGAAACGCCGCCGUACUACGAUGGUUGCCACCCGACACGAAUUUGGGCAAUUAUUCGCCAUGGCACGCGCAAUCCCAGCAAGUCGGUUAUAUUACAAGCUAAAGAACGUUUGUCCGAAAUACAAACGCAGAUUCUCGCCCAAUCUGAAUCGAAUUUGUGUGAUGAUGAACUCAAGCGACUGCGUCGCUGGAGCUGGUCGCACAUCGAGCCGGACGAUGAGAAACUGCUUGUUGCCGAGGGCGAAGAUGAGUUAAUCGAGCUCGCUGAACGUUUUCAACUGCGUUUUCCGAAGCUCUUGCCGGAUUUAUAUGAUCCGGAAUGGUUUUAUAUGAAGUACACGGCCACGCAACGAACGCUAAAAAGUGCGCAAAGUUUUGCAACUGGAUUGUUUGGACGUCAUCGUAUACAUGCCAUCAACUAUCCACAGCCCCUGCAUCGUGAUCCAGUAUUGCGGUUUUAUAAACUCUGCAGCCGCUGGAAAACGGACGUCGAUAAGAAUCCUGAAACAAUGUUUUAUGCACGUAGCUUCAACGCGGAGCCCGCAAUGCAGUCAGCAGUGGCGCAUGUGCGUGCCGUUACCAAAAUAAUGGACUUAACCCCCCAGGAUGUCCAGCUAAUGUACACCGUGUGCGCCUUCGAGACGGCCUGGCAGCGCCGUCUACCCCCAUCCGUCUGGUGUCGCUUCUUCGAUGUGGCCUCCUUGAGCGCCUUGGAAUUCGCCGAGGAUCUCGAGUACUAUUGGAACGAUGGCUAUGGCUAUGAAUUGACGCAUCGCAUUGCCUGUCCGGCAAUCGCAGACAUGUUUGCGGCCAUCGACACACUGAAGCCACGCGCCAAUGCCACUUUCUACUUUACCCAUUCGGGAACGCUGCUUAAGAUGCUGGCCCACCUGGGCGUGGCCAAGGACGAACAUCCGCUGACGCAUAAGGAUUUUGAGACGAAGCGUCUGUGGCGCACCAGUGAAAUCGAUGCGUUCGCAACCAAUUUGGCUUUUGUGCGCUAUGAUUGCAUCGAAAGAGAGCCGCAAAUUUUGGCAAUGCAUCAAGAGCGGGUGAUUCGUCUGCCCGGCUGUCCGCAGGAUGAGGAUCUGUGUCCGCUCUCGCGGCUGCGGGCCAACUACGUGGAUAGCGUCGAGCGCUGUGACUUUGAGGCGCUCUGCCAAGCGGCCAAUUGAGCGGACCGGGCGAGACAACGAGAGCGAGAGAGACAGAGUGAGAGAAAGAGAUGAAGGGAGCUGGCCGGCAUGGAAUGGGAACCGGGAAUCGGGUUUUUGGAUGAACUGCUGCUGCUAUUGCCUGCCUGCAGAACUAUGUGAAAUUUAACAUGAAACAAAGGAUUCGUCGGAUUAUGUAAACGGAAUAUUGAAAUGAUGUCGAGGAACGAACAGAGAGCUAGAUAGUGAGAAAGAAAGUGCGGCAGCGAGAGCCGAGUUGAAAAUUGAUUGAAAAUGAGUUAUGGUAGAAAUUUAGACGAUAAGAAAUGCUAAAUAUCCAAGUGUGUUAUGUCGAAAUAUGUGUAUGUAUUUUGUGUAUGCCUUAUAAUCAAUGUGGACCAUCCAAUCCAACAGCAAAAACAAGAAAAGCAAAUGAGAGGGAGCGCGCGAAAGCGAGAGAGAAAGCACAAGCGCGCGAGCAAAGGAAAAGGAAAACGUAAUGUGAACGAACAAAGGAAAAGUUGUGUGAAAAGCUAAUGAUUGUUUCUAGCCAUGCCGCCAAAACUGAGAAAAUUGUCUAUCUAGCA